UAAGUGUAUUUGAGAUCUGUGUGUUUUUGUGUGUUGAAAGGGGUGUACAUGUAUUUCAUAUCCAGUGAGGAGAAGAGUUGGUCUGACAGCAGGCAGUUCUGCAGGGAUCGUGGUCAAGAUCUGGUCAUUAUCAACACUGAAGAAGAGCAGAGAUACAUAUCUUUAAUCGCCAAGGACAGAGUGUGGAUUGGUUUGUCUGACAUAGCAGAGGAAGGAAAGAUGAAAUGGGUGGAUAAUACACCACUGGAUAAAGGGUUUUGGGACCAGGGUGAGCCGAAUGAUGAACUUGGAAAUGAGGACUGUGUUGAAAUCCUGAGUUCUUCAAAACCUAUCCUAAACAACUGGAAUGAUCUUCCAUGCGCACACACAAGAAAAUGGAUUUGUGAGAAUCUGUGAGAAUCAAUGU